AUGCCCCGUUUCUCCUCAGAGCCACACCCGGGCUUCAGCCUCACUCCGCCCCUUCUCUUCUCCCUGCAACGGGCACCCGGUGGCAGCUCCCACAGGAAGGAGGCCGUCCUCCCGCACCUGCAGGUGGCCCAGCCUCUGGCUGCUGAGCCCGCUGUCCUUCCUGUUUGUGCUGCAGGGGCCCUCGACAUGUGCCUCUGCCGCAGCCACAGCCUGCUGCCUUCCUGGGUGGAUUGGAAGGAGCCUCCCCUGCCUUCCCCUCGGAGCAUGCUCCUCCUUGAGGGCCGCGGGCAGGGUGGCCACCUUGCGGCCCCGUUGUGCGUGGGAACCUGCGAGCUGGCAAAUGGGGCUCAGAGGUUUUGCUCAGAAAUGGGUCAGAACGAAAGCCUCUUAGAGGAAAGAAAAGGGUAUGAGUCAAAAGGAAAGUCCGGGGGCGGAGGGCUCCUCUUCUCUCUCCACCCAGGCCUCCCGACUCCCCGGGCUGGUGAGGACACAGGCAGGCACCAACCCCAGCCCCGUGGCCUGUGAGCAUCUCAAUGGUCAGGACACGCUCUGCCCAGCUGAGCCUUUGCUGUGGGCCAGCUUCCCAGCGGACCCCCUUCAAGAGGCCUCCACCCAUGGGCCCCACUCCCAACCAAGAGCAGGGCACUGGCCAGCUACCCUCUGCAGACAGCGGCCCCCCGGGCAUCAGCAAGGGCACCCAGCCCCAGCCCGAGAGGCCCCCAGGGAGCGGGCGGAGCCUGGCUGUCCCCCGCCUACCCACCUGCUGAGCAGGUUGGUCCCAAGGUGCGUCUCGAGCGCCCCCUGGCAGCGUGCUGCAGAGCUGCAUGGCUCCAGGGAGGACACAAACUGCGCUUGAUUCUCCACGACAGGGGGGAACUGGGGGCUGGGGAGCCCCUCCGAGCCCACCUUUGGAAAGCGGGUGGAUGCAUGGAGCCUGGCAGGUGGCCGAGGGGCAGGUGAGCCCAGCCCCUCCCCUCCACUCACGUCCCAUCAAGCCCCAGGGUGUGGGGGGAUCAUGUCUGUGCCCCUGUUCGCCUCCAGGUGGAGCUGCCAGGUGGGGACCCACUCUGCACCCCAAGUUUUGCCCGUCCCUUCUGUUCUGCAGCAAGACCCACUCCUCUGUGCUGCGUGGCUGUGCGGGAGGGCUGCGACCCGGGGCCCUGAACCUGGGGCCGGCCCACUCAGCCACGCAGGCUGGGGAACAAGAUCGCCCCCCAGGACCAGAUGCUGGGGAGGUCCCCACUUCCUAGGGUGCUGGCUAGGGGAUCACACACCCCACAUUCUGGGCCAAGCAUGGUCCUGCCCCAACAUCUUGUUGGGUCGGGGGCAUCUCCUACCAGAGGAGUGUCACCCCAGAGUCUCUGCCAGGGUCUGCGCACAUCACCCUUGGGCAUCUGUGCUUGGGAAGUCACCAGGUGUGGGCAGGGCACCAGGCGGGAAGUGGCUGAGGCUGGAAGAACAGACACACAUCAGUGCCCCGCUGGGCUUCCUCAAGUGGGAAGCAGUGGAGGGGCUGGGCUGCGGGGCCAGGGUCAGCAGGCUCAGGGCUCACAGUCCAGCCAGCAGCCAAGGCGGGAUGUCUCUCGCUGCUUCGAGGGCCCUGGGACGGGGGCAGGAACGGCAGAAGGCAAACUGGAAAGGAAGUGAGUAAUGGGCCCCCAGGAAGGCUGAGCCAGGCCUGAUGCCCAGGAUUGGGGUCUCCAGAGUCCCUGGGGACCCCAGGGCAGCCCACCCACAGCCUGGGGUCUAUGGGAGCAGGGGGACUCCUGAUGGCUAGGGGCAGGAGCUUGGACAAAGUUGAAGGCUGUCUGAAUUGGCUGGGAGCCAAUGAAAGCCAAGAAAAGGCUGGGCGCGGCGGCUCACGCCUGUAACCCCAGCACCGUGGGAGCCGAG